GGAGGGGAGAGGGAAGGGGGGUAAAGUACAUGGAUGACGCGCAGGGCCGCAUGCAACAUCAUCAUCAACUGCUUGAUGCGGCAGGGCAACACAGAGGGGCAGCCAUGUACCCUCCUCACCUUGGUCCUAACCAGCCUUCUCUUCAUCAUCAUCCUUCUCAGCAUCACCAGUUGAGCCAGCAGGAGCAGCAGCAGAUGAUUGGGGGAAUGUCGCAGCAAGCGAUGUGUGAUGGAGGCAUGAAGGGAGGAGGGCUUGUCGCAAUGAGAGAACAACAGCACGCUGAAAAUCGGCCAGGGGCAAGAGGAGGAGGAGGAGGAGGAGGAGGGCACAUGCAAGGCGGUGACACCUGGCAGCAGCAGCAGCAGCAGCAGCAGCAAGCGCGUUUGUUGUCGUUGCAGGGUGUGCAACAGCCGCAACACGCGCUACUAAACGCCGAGAUGCAAUGGGGAGGGGGAGGAGGAGGAGGUGGUGGUGGCGGUUCAGGUUCACAUCCUCCUCAUCACCAUCAGGGCAAUCCAAGUUUAGCAACGGGCGAUGACGUGGCAGGGAACUAUCAUCAACAUCAUGAUCCAUCUAAUCACCCCCCUUCACAUGCUUCUCAGCCUCUGCAUUCAGCGAUCAUGCCUGGAGCAGGGUACAGUUCCAUUGCACCCACUCUACAACACCAGCACUCGGCAUCCAUGGAUGCUUAUGCCCAACGGCAGCAAGGGACAGUCGGUCAGAUGUCGCAGUACGAUCAUUCGCAACAGGGGGCCGCGUACGUUGAUAGUAAUCAACAAGUUUGGGGAGACGUGAGCGGUGGAGGGGUAGGAGGAGGAGGUGGCGCUUGGAAUCAGGCCGCGAUGGAGCAAUGGGGGGGUUAUGGUUAUCAACAGAUCGGGUACGGUAGUAACAGCUAUGGCAAUUUCACCUCUGGCAGUGUCGAGAGCGAGUGGGCGGCCAAGGCUCGUGCCUGGGCGGCUGCCAAGGCUGCUCUCGAAGCCCAGACCCAGGGCCAGCAGCAGCAGCAGCAGCAGCAACAGCAGCUGCAACACCAGCAGCAGCAGCAACAUCACCAGCAACAUCAGCAGUUGUUGGGGUCGCAGGAUGCCAUGCAAAUGCACCAUCAGCGAUAUCCUUAUGAUGCGGAGCACCAUCGUCAUCAUCCUCACGAUCAUCCUUAUCAGGUUCAGCACUAUGAAUUUCAACAACAACAACAACAACAAGAGCAGCAGCACGAGAUGCACCUAGGGCAGGACUUCCUUCCUCCUAGUCACGUACAAACGUCUGCCGCUGGCCUUGCUCUCCAGCAGCAGCAGCAGCAGGUUCCUCCUGGGCAAUCCCCCAAAUCCCCUGUCUCGCAAAUGACUUUGCACGGAUCCCACGAGGUAAACCACCAACUUCAACUGCAUCAUGCCUCGCCCGCCGGCUCUUCCGCCGGGUUUCAUCUGGAUGGAACGGGGCAGCAACAGCACCAACACCAGCAACAACGGCAGCAUCCGCAAGUGCAGAGUGAUGGCGCAGUUCAUCAACAGCAGCAGAGUCACUCAGGGGGAGAGGAUGGUGGGGGCCAACAGCAGCAGCAGCAGCAGCAGCAGCAGCAGCAGCAAUUGCAGGUGGGAGGACAGUAUCGCCACGACCAACAUAUGCAGCACGGCAAUGACUACGCACAUUCUAUGCGAAUGGGAGGGGCAGGGGCAACUCCCUCCUUCCUUGAUGAGCAGCAGCAGCACCAGCUAGAUCAAUCCCAAAUGGGAUUGGGACCGUCUGGGAUCCCGAUGGCACCAGCGUCGGCUGGAGGACCUUACCCCCUAGGAGGAGGAGGGGGUCAAGAGGCCGUUGGCGGUAUGGAUGGAGCAGAGGGAGGUGUCCUGCAGCAGCAGCAGCAGCAGCAGCAGCAGCAGCAGCAGCAGCAGCAAGCUCAACAUUCUGCAUCACAGAAUUACUACUCGUACCCUCCUCCUCCUGGUGGUCUUCUCCACCAUCAUCAUUUGACUCAUCCUCAUAAUCUUCAACCAUCUCAAGGAGCUGCCUCUUAUGACUACCAUUUGCUGCAGCAACAACAGCAGCAGCAGCAGCAGCAGCUCGAGUAUCAGGAUCCUGGGUCCGGAAAUCGGCUAAGGCAAGUAAUGGCGGAUGGUGUGGCGGGUGCUGUGGAAUUGCAGGGAAAUGAAGAGGCGGCUGCGUUCGGGGGGGGGGGGGCUCAUGCUAUGCAAACUGAUUUGGCUUGGCAGAGGAUGGCACCUGGGGCAGGAAUGCAGCAGUAUAGUGGUCCCCCUGCUGGUCCUGGGGUUAUGCCAAGUGGUCCCACAAUGGUCCCUGGCACUCCUGGAACUUCUAUCGGUGCUGUGGGGAUGAUGGGGCCGCUUGCCGAGGAGCAGGAGCAGGUUGCAAUGAUGGCGAACAGGAUGCAGGUACAUGGGAUGGCCGUCCCAUCGACGUCGGGACCGGCGUUUAUCCCGCCGGGAGGAGGGGGGGGUGUGGGUUUGGGAGAAUCUGCUGGAUUCCAUGCGGCGGCGGCGGCGGCGGCGGCGGCAGCAGCAGCAUCAGUCACAGCUGGAGCACCCGGUGGAACGACCUACGGUCUUGGAAUGGUUCCCGGUCCGUUCGAUGGUACUCGUGGAAUGAUGAUUGGUGGUCCCGCCGCUUUGGGACCUGAUGGGAAUGGUGGACUGCUGACAGCAGCGGUGGAGAGACCCAAAAAGCCGGCUGUUCCAUCUUGGCUGCGGGAGGAGCUCAUCAAGAAGCAACGGCAGGCGGGAACCUCGCUGGGAGGUGCGGUGGGGACCGCCGGGGGAUGCGGAGCAGGAGGAGGGCACAGUUCCGCGUACCAGGUUCAGGGCAAAGGAGCAUCGGGCGGGUCGGAGUCGGGGCUGCCAAGCGGUCUAGCUCACCGAGGAGGUGCCGCCGCUGCUGCAGGAGGGGCUUCCGUUCGUGAUCGGGAUCGGACUAAAGGGCCGGGGGACCCGGCAUCUGACGUCAGCGAUGACGUGGACAACGAGGAUGACGAGGAAGAGGACGAGGAUGAUGAAGAGGUUGCCAGGAUAGCCUCCAUUAACUUGGAGAUUAAGCGUAUCUUGACAGAAGUUUUGCUUAAGGUCACAGACGACCUGUUUGAGGAAAUAGCAAGAGAGGUUCUCGCGGAAAAGGAUGCGCCGAGUCCUUCCCCUCCUCUCCCUCCCGCUCUCCGAUCCCGUCCGCCGCAGUCCCCUCGGAGGAAGGGGACGGCGUCUGCCGCCGCAGUAACAGGCCAACAACCUGUGCCUUCGACGGGCUCGAAAGCGCGCGUAGUGCUAAUGGCCCCAGACGGAGGCAGACAACAGGCUUCGCGCACGACAGGCAGGAGUGCCACCAAGGGUAGUAAACGGAGCGCAUCAGGAUCGGCGGCUGGCAAUCUGUUAGGACUUGCCGAUUACGACACUGAUGAUGAUGAUGAUGAUGAGGAGGAGGAGGAGGAGGAAGAGGAGGAGGAGGAGGAGGAGGAGCAGGAGCAAGAUGAGGAGGCAGAGAACCGGGAUGAUGACAAGGACAAGGAGAAAGAGUGGGAAAAUGAACAUGGAAGAGGAGAGAGGGAGGACUCGGCGAUUAGCGAUCGAUUGGGGGAAAGGAAGGAGAGUGACGACGAGGAGGGUAUGGAUGAUAGGCCGAAAGAGGCAGUUGUUGACAGUGAUUUAAGGGAUAACGCAGGGGAGAAAGAGGGGGAAAAAUACAGGGCGAGGAAGGAGAAGACGAUGUAUUGGACAGAAGAGGAUGCGCAACAACAGCAGCAGUUGCCGCCGGUGAUGAAAAGGGCGGUAAGUACUGAUCUCGCCGAUGGCCGUUUUGAGCGGGCAAAGUACGGAAGGAUGGAGGAGGAAGGUAUUGGGGUGAAGGGGAGGGGGAAAGAAAGGGGAAGUUUCAGUAGACUCGGGGACUCCGCUGGACGGGAAGCGAGCGCCGCGGCAGAGGCACCUUCUGUAGAGGAUGACAUUACCUCUCUUUCCCGCCAUAACACAGAGGAAGGGGAGGAAAGGUCUUCGAGGAGAGGGGGGGACGGAGCGCAGAUGGCGAAGGGAACAGUCGCAAUGGAUCGUGAUGGUGACGAGGAGAGUGGUAGUGGUGGCGAUGGCGGCGAUGGCGGCGACAAUCGCGGGAGGAGUAGGGCUGCUAAUAGAGAUCGACGAGGGUACAUGAACACUGAAGAUUGUGAAGGCGUUGAAGGAGUGAGUAAUAGAGUAGAGAGUAGUCGAGAGGAGAGGGAGCAGAACGGGAGAAGGGAGAAGGAGGGGGAGGAAGGGGGUGCAGCGUUCAGGCGUGACGAGCAGACUCUGGCAGUAGCCGCAGCGGGAGGAGCAGAAGAGCUAAAUGAGGCACCAUCAAAAAGAGAGGAUGUGGCCAUGGCCGAAAUGCCGAUGGAAGAUGGAGGAGGGGAAGGACCUGCGGAGGGGGAGGGGAAAUUGAGAACAGCAGAUAGCUCUUGGGGAUCGGGAUUACAUAAGAACGGCGGCGGACGGUCUUGGGAGUCGGAGUUGAAUAAGAAUGGCGGCGAAGACGGGUUUAAGAGGAGGGGGGAUGGGAUUGGAGGAGGAGGAGGAGAGGGUUCGCGGCGGAGCUAUGAAGAGGAGGAAGAUCCGCAAGAAACAGCGGGAGAGGAAUCGAGACGAGGAGUAAGGAAGGAGGAGGAGGAGGAAGAGGAGGAGGAGGAGGAGGAGGAGGAGGAGGAGGACGAGCAGGGGGGGCAUGGGGAUAGGAGACGAAGAAGCAUUAUCGAGGGAGAAGAGCAGAAUGAGGCGGGUGGGCAUGGGAAAGGAGGAAGGGGCGGCAGUGAAAGGAAAUCGAGGGAGGAAAAGGAGAGAAGACGAGAAGGGAGAUCAAGAGAAGAAGGAGCGAGGGGAAAAGACAGGACGGCUAAGGCAAAACGGACUGGGGAGGAUGGGGAGAGAGAAAGAAGAGGAGAAGAGGAGAGAAGGGAGAAGAAGGAUCGCGUUUCGCGAGGGAAUCAUGCACGAGAAGUGAGAGAGGGGAGGGAAGGGAGAGAGGGGAGAGAAGGGGAGAGGGAUAGUCACAGUAGGAGCCGGCAUCAUGAUCAGGCCAGUCGUAGUCGGGUGGGCAGAAGUGGUGGCUAUCAGGAAGAGCAGGAGAGGCCGACAAAGGAGAAGACAGAGAGAGGGAGGGAGAGAGAGAGGGGGGCAGACGUCGAGAAAGGGAAAGAUAAAGGGAGAGGAAAGGAGAAACGUAAGCGGGAUCGAGAGCAGACUGAAAAGGUUCACACCAAGGGUAGAGAUAAAGCUCUGAGCGAGAGUGGCAAGUCGCUCAAGCGCCGUCAUAAAUCUUCUUCCUCUGGGAGCAGGAGGAGCCUCAGCAGUGAGAGCAGUGAUGAUGAUGGGCAUCAUCAGCAACGGCAGCGACGCGGCAGGAGUAGUCCGAGUCCUAAGAAGAGAAACGUCUCCAGGCGGUGGACGAGUACAUCUAGAUCGCCCUCGCCGUUAAGGAGUAGAAAGGCGAGUGUGAAGGGUAGGGGGUCCAGAUCGCGGUCCAGAUCGCGCUCAAGGUCGCCACGUGGCAAACAUUCGACGGGGUAUCACCAUCGCUCGCCAUCGGGAUCCCGCUCUUACGAGAAAGAUGGUGUUGGUAGGGGCAGGCAGUCCCGCUCUCCAGAGCGGAAACGAGGCAGAAGCUAGCAAAUUGCAACAGCAGCCGCCGCAGCCACAGCAGCCGCCUCAGCCACAGCCGCUGCUGAAGCAGCAGCAGCAGCAGAAGAAGAAGAAGAAGAAGCAGCAGCAGAAGAAGAAGAAGCAGAAGGAAAAGAAAGCAGCAACAGCAGCAGCAGAAGAAGAAGAAGAAGAAAAAAGGCAAACUGCAAUAGCAAUGUAGCAGCAGCAGCAGAAGAAGAAGACAAUGGCGAUGGCGAAGCAGAAGGAGGAGGAGGAGGAGGAGGAGGAGGAGGAGAAGAAGAAGAAGAAGAAGAAGAAGAAGAAGAGAUGAAAGGAUAUUGAGAUGAAUAGCAGCUUGCAAGGCAAAUGCGAGAGGAAAGAACGAGAGAACAUCUAUAUGCAUUUAUGCGUUCUGUCCUUUUUGUGCGAUCCUCUAGAAUGAAGGGCAAACACAGAAGCAAAACAAAUGCGCAUGAACGUG